AUGGGAAUUCCGUUUAAUGAUAUAGACCCUUACGAAGUAUUAGAGGUUUCUAAAACUGCUACACCGAUAGAAAUAAAAAAAUCUUAUAAAAAGUUAUGCUUAAAGUAUCAUCCAGACAAACUUGCGCAAUCCAACCAAGACGUGGACCAAGAUAAUGAGAUAUUUCCGAAAUUACAAUUCGCCUACAGUAUACUCAGUGAUAGCAGCAAAAGACAGAGGUAUGACAAUACUGGGUCGUUGAGCGAACUGGCAGAUCUCGACGACAGCGAUUUCUCCUGGAAGGACUUCUUUGACUCCAUCAAUGAGGGCAUUACUAUAGAUAUGAUUGAAGAAGAUAAAUUAAUAUAUCAAGGUUCAAAUGAAGAAAAAAUGGACAUUUUACAAAAUUUCACGUUUUAUGAUGGAGAUUUCCUCAAGAUUUUUGAGUGUAUACCACAUUUAGAAUUUGACGAGCAACAGGAAGAACGAGUGUUUCAUAUUGUGGAGGAAGGGUUAAAUUCGGGUGAGAUUGAAUUGGAUAAAGUCGGAGAACGCACCUGGAACAAGUAUGUCAAAAGUAGGAAGACUAAAGUGAAACAGAUGUUGAAAAAAUUGAGUAAAGAGGCCAAGGAGGCCGCAGAGUUGGAAAAGAAGAUAAGAAACGAGCAUGGUAACAGAAGAGGUAGUAAGAAGAGUAUUGUAGGAGGAAGUGAACUGGACUUGAAGUCUUUGAUCCAGAGUAGGAGAAAUGAUAGGUUCGAAGGAUUAAUUGAGAAGUUGGAGCUGAAAUAUGGUGCUCUGAAGAAGGGCAAGAAGAGAAAGGGCGGCGACGACAUAGAUGAUGAGGAGUUUGAAAGAAUCCAGAGGGGGUUGAAAAGAAAGUAG